CCGAAGCGGCCAGCGACGUCUGCAUCCUCCGCAACUGCACAUACUCUAUCUCUGCGUUUUAUCAGGCUGAAGAACAAACAUGGCGAUGGUGCACCCCUCCCGUAUGGGCCUCGUCCCGCAAGGCGCCCCACCGCCUCCCCCGCAACAGCGUGGACGCUCGCCAUCCCCUCCACCACCCCCGCCCAAGCGGGAUGAUCUGGGGCGGGACAGGCCCCCGCAUGUACGCGACUCGAAAGACAAGGGGCGUGAACGGGAAAGGGACCGGGACCGAGAGGAGAGGCGGAACGACCACGGAGACCGCAGCAGAAGACAUGAGCGCGAGCGGGCGCGGGCGGACGACUAUUUCAACGACGACGGGAAAGAGAAGCGGGGCAGGAGCGCGAGUGGUGACAGAGACCGGGACAGGGAGCGUGAGGACCGCCGGGAGAGAGAAAGGGACAGUGGGCGGACAGGGCGCGCGAGCCCCGAGUAUGGAGAGUAUAGGCGGCCGUCGCCGCCAAGGAGGGAGGAUGGGGCUGCUGGGGAGGGCGCGGGUGGCGAUGGGGCGGCGCCAUGGAGGCAACAAGAGAACAUGUAUGCUGGACGGGGCAGGGGCGGUCCCGCCGGUGGCGGUUACCCUGGUGGUGGAGGGUUUGGCGGUGGUGGAUACGGUGGCGGCGGGGCAGACUUCUUAGAGAGUCGCCGGCAGCAAAGAGAAGCGAGCACGAUCACCGUAUGGCCUCCAUCUCCCAAACGUCCUACCCGGGUAGAGUCCCCGGAACGCGAAUCGAAACGGCACAAAAAGGCACACAAACGUCGACACAGCUCUGACUCUGACACCGACACGGAUUCCGAAGACGACCGCCGGCGGCGGGAGCGUAAGGAACGCAAAAAGGCGCGCAAGCAGCGCAAAUCCAGCGGAAAGGAGAAGGACCGCGACCGCGACCGCGAGCACCGCCGACACCGUUCACGCUCUCGGCGGAUCAGCGACGACGAAGAGGAGGACGACCGCGAGCGCAGGCGACGUCGUCACGACACGCGCAGUCGGAGCAAGAGCAAGAGCAAGAGCGUGCGUCGGAGCCACAGCCACCGCAGUGCGACGCGGACGAAGAGCCCCGACGCGCGCCCGCCCUCCACCGCGGACGAAGACGAGUGGGUCGAGAAGCCUAUGGAAGGCGUCGUCGCCGCCCUCGCACCCCCUCCGCCCGGCCGCGCCAGCACCACCGCCGCCCACGCAGAGUUGGCCCAGGCAAAGGGGAAAGCGCUCGCAGAGGACGAGGAGUACUCGGAGUCGGACGACGAGGUCGGGCCGCAGCCGGUGUACGCGAAGAGCCACGGGCGGGGGAAGACGGACGAGCGGCAGUACGGCGGGGCGCUGCUGCGCGGCGAGGGGAGCGCGAUGGCGGCGUUCCUCAAGGACGGCACGGACUCGCGCAUCCCGCGGCGCGGCGAGAUCGGACUCGCGUCGGACGAGAUCGAGGCGUACGAGAAGGUGGGGUACGUGAUGAGCGGGAGCCGCCACCGGCGCAUGAACGCGGUGCGCAUGCGCAAGGAGAACCAGGUGAUCAGCGCGGAGGAGAAGCGCGGGAUCCUGAAGCUGCAGCAGGAGGAGCGCGAGCGGCGCGAGGCGAUCCUGAGGGAGGAGUUCCAGUCGCUCGUCGAGGAGAAGCUCAAGGGCACAUCCAAGUGAGAUUGUAUCCUGUAUUUUGUACUUUUUGCUCGUACAUAUGCAUAUCCGAGUACUAU